AUGGGACCAUUCCGAGGAGGACGUGGAGAUUCUAGAGGCGGCGGUGGUGGUCGCGGUCGUGGAGGUGGUGGUGGUUUCCGAGGUCGAGGAGGCGGUGGAGGUGGCCGAGGUGGUGGUGGCGGUUUUCGAGGUCGAGAACCUGAAGGUCCACCUGACUCUGUCGUUGAAAUUGGAUCAUAUGCUCAUCCAUGUGAAAGUCAACUUGUAUGCAAAGCAACGAAUGAAAUGAUUCCAUAUUUCAAUGCUGGAAUAUUUCUUGAAAAUAAACAACAAAUUGGAAAAGUUGAUGAAAUUCUCGGUCCCAUGAAACAAUAUUGGUUUUCUGUAUCGCUCUUGGAAAAUAUGAAACCAGAUUCAUUUAAAAAAAAUGAAAAGCUUUUCGUUGAUCCAAAUAAACUUUUACCAUUGGCUCGAUUUUUGCCACGACCAGCAGGAUCAAAACCAAUGGGUGGCGGUGGUCGAGGAGGACGAGGUGGUGGUGGACGAGGAGGAGGUUUUUCACGUGGUGGUGGUCGUGGUGGCGGCGGUGGUUUCCGCGGUGGUAAUGACCGAGGAGGUCGUGGUGGUGGUGGUUUCCGAGGAGGCCGAGGUGGUAGUUUUGGUGGUGGUGGUGGCCGUGGAGGCGGCGGUGGAUUCCGUGGUGGUCGUGGACGUGGAAACUGA